AGAGUAGAAUGGGCCCAGGCUCACCUUAAUGACAAUUGGAACAGAACUUUUUUUACAGAUGAAUCAGCCUUUCAACUCUUUCAAAAUACGCUCAAGCGUUGGCAUAAGAAAGGUCAACGGCCAAUUUGUCCAAUUCCUAAAGACCAUACUAAAAUUAAAGUGUGGGGUGGUUUUUCAGUAAAGGGAAAAUCAAGCUUAUUUUGCUUUACACAAAUUAUGGACAAAAAAUUUUAUGUUGAAAUUGUGCACAAGCACCUUCCUGAAGUAAAAAAUAUGUUUGGUAAACAUUGGCGUUGGCAACAAGAUAAUGACACAAAACACACAAGCAAAUUUGCUAAAGCAUUUCUUUUAGAAAAUGUUUCUGAACUUAUGAACUGGCCAUCGAACAGUCCUGAUUUAAACCCUAUUGAAAAUUUGUAG